GUUCGCUAUCUACAGUGCGUUCUGGAACUGAGUAUUGCGGUCACGGUGAUAAUACCGCGAGCUUGAACUGUGUGAAUUGAUAUUAUUGUUAGUUUAAAGUGCAUUCGCUAUUUAACUUUUUUAUGUAAAUCGUUUGUUCAUUUAAAAGUAACUAGUGUCAUUAGAUAUUCUAAAAAUAGAGAAACAUGGAAUCCUUUUGGAAAAUACCUGUAACUGGACGCCAAAAAUAUUUUUAAAUUCCAAAAUGGCCCAAUUUAAUAGAUGGUCGGUGUUAAAACUCUUCGAAGUUCUUUUGGUGGCAGCAUGUUUAGUUUUCAAACGCGUAACAGACGAUGAAGCUUCACGAGUUUUUCUGUAUUUACAAAAAAUAUCUAGAGAAUGGAGUUUGCUAAAUAAUAUAACUUGGAGUAGAGUCGGUGCUGCUGUUGCAGAUGUUACUUAUGGAGGUUAUUUAAUAAUCACUGGUGCCUUAUUUGUGGGUCACAUCGUUGGAGAACUGCCAACAACGAGGAGAGUAACUGAAUAUAUAUUACUAGGAGUAGGAACCAUACUGUUCAUAGUAAUGGGAAGUCUUUCUUUCGCUGCAUUAGACUCCGUUCCUCCAAGUCUGGUAGACAAUGCUGCUAUAGUAGGAACGCUAUCCCUGGUAGUUGCAGGUCUAUUCCUUCUUGAUAUGGGCGGCCCAAAGAAACGACCAGCUAGAUCUCAACAACCCAAACAAAAGAAGAACGUUGUAGUUCCUCGAGGCAGUAUUACAAAACAGGUUAUUGAGAUAGAAAGAGAUAAAGACAAGGAGCAAAAAGGUCAGAAAGAGACUACAAAACCUGAGGAGAUACAAUUUAAAAAGGUAGAGAAGGGUGUGAAAAUUGAAAAGGACAAAAAUGGAACUAACGGAAUGACUGCUAUUGAAAUGCAAAAUACAAACAGUUCUAAUAAAGGUUACCAAAGAAUGAGGGAGGACUCUUUUAGAAGAUUUGGAAUAUACGGUCAAGACGUUACUGAUGAAGGAAGUACAGAAGCUGAAGAUAUGGAAAUACCUCCACAUGGUGAGCAUUCACCAGUUUGGAGUAACAUAAGAAGAGGAGAAUAUGGAAAAUAUGACAUAGUAAAUCCUAAGUUCGUUUUAAGAAGAUCCGAUAGACGGCAAGAAGAAAUUCGACCACCUAGCAGCCCGGGUGAUCCAGGAUAUGUACAAUAUACUGCACAACACUGGGGAGAAGGUGGUACUAGAACUCCCCGACCUAGUCCAACUGAACCAACUGAAGUUUAGUUUUUCUUACAAAGACAUUUUUAUCUUUUUUAUAAAUAAUGUUAAGUCAGUUAUGCCAUAUACUUUGUAUAUUUUAAUACAGCACCUCUUUAUAUACCUUAGAUUAUUG